AUGCUUUUGGGUACAGUGAAGGAAUUCAUUUCAAAGUUUCCAACACCGAAGCUACAUGUGGUUGUCGCACGGUAUGAAGGCGCAAUUGAUAAUUGGCCGGAUUCCAGUAUCGUGAUACGUACAUCUGGUGAAGCUAUUCCCGCAGCUGUAGCUAGUGAACCAAUCCCUACGGUUGCCGCUAGUGAAGCUAUUCCCGCAACGCCUACACCCAGAUCGCCGUCUCCAGUAUGGGUAUCGCCUCCUACUUUUGCAACACCGCCUCCUGCUACAAUCAUCAAGUUGUCAUCGCCUGCCGCAGCCACCGAAAGCGCAAUCCGUCCAAACACUCGAAGGGGAAACGCAGCAAGGGGCCUGAAGCGGGCUCGGCCGCAGGCUGAGGGCACUUCACCGCCGGAGCCAAAGGAGACGGAGAGCAUAGGGGGGUGGGGACACAAUGGAGCCAAAGGAGACGAAGAGUUUAGGGAAAUAGGGACUUUGUACGCUUCUUCAACUCCUAAGAUCGAUGAAAAACAGGAUAUGGGGGUGUGA